AUGACUAGAGAAGCAUGUCGUGCAGUAAUUGAACUAGAAAACUAUGGAAUGCCAUUUUCUCGAACACCCGAAGGAAAGAUUUAUCAGCGUGCUUUCGGUGGUCAGUCAAACGACUUUGGUCGCGGUGGACAGGCCCAUCGAACCUGUGCUGUCGCCGACCGAACAGGACACUCUCUGCUUCAUACACUUUAUGGCGCUUCAUUGCAAUAUAAUUGCAACUAUUUCGUGGAAUAUUUCGCUCUGGAUCUCAUAAUGGAUAAGGGAGCCUGUGUUGGAGUAGUGGCGAUGUGCUUGGAAGACGGAACAAUUCAUCGUUUCCGAUCGAAGAAUACUGUAUUGGCUACGGGAGGAUAUGGUCGCACCUACUUUUCAUGCACAUCUGCUCAUACCUGCACUGGUGAUGGUACUGCUAUGACCGCUCGUGCUGGUAUCAAUAACACCGAUAUGGAAUUCGUCCAGUUCCACCCUACCGGUAUUUAUGGUGCAGGAUGUCUUAUCACUGAGGGAUCUCGAGGAGAAGGAGGAUAUCUAGUGAACGCCAAAGGAGAACGAUUUAUGGAACGCUAUGCACCAACAGCAAAGGAUCUCGCGUCUCGUGAUGUUGUAUCUCGAGCAAUGACUGUUGAAAUAUUGGAAGGUCGUGGUGUUGGACCUGAAAAAGACCACAUUUUCCUCCAAUUGCACCAUUUGCCUGCUCAACAACUUCACGAAAGACUGCCAGGUAUCUCUGAAACUGCCAUGAUUUUUGCUAAUGUGGAUGUUACCAAAGAACCGAUUCCCGUCAUUCCUACUGUUCACUACUGUAUGGGUGGAAUUCCGACCAACUAUAAGGGCCAGGUAAUUACCCACACCAAGGAUAAGGGAGAUCAAGUUGUGCCAGGUUUGUAUGCUGCUGGAGAGUGUUCAGCUCAAUCCGUGCACGGCGCGAAUCGUUUGGGUGCGAAUUCACUGCUAGACAUUGUGAUCUUCGGAAGAGCUUGUGCGCUUACAAUUCUUGGCAACACCAAGCCAGGAGUUGGAGUUCCCGAUCUGCCGAAGGAUGCCGGAGAGGCUUCUGUUGAUAACAUCGAUACCCUUAUGCAUAGAAAGGAUGGUCCAUCUACUGCCAAGGUUCGCUUGAAUAUGCAAAAGACCAUGCAGAAACACGCUGCUGUGUUCAGGCGAGGCGAUAUCCUUCAGGAGGGCAUCAAGAAAGUAGAGGACAUCUACAAGAACUACCAUAAUCUUCAUGUCACCGAUACCAGUCUCAUUUGGAACAGCGACCUCAUCGAAACACUAGAGCUCCAAAAUCUUCUCAUCAAUGCCAUGCAAACGAUCGUUGCCGCCGAAGCCCGAAAGGAAUCCCGUGGUGCGCAUGCACGUGAUGACUUCCCGACGCGUCUCGAUGAGUACGACUACAGCAAGCCGGUUGAGGGACAGAAGAAGAAGGCGAUGGAGGAGCACUGGCGUAAACACACGAUGAUCACCUCAAACAUUCAAACUGGAAAAGUGACGCUCAGUUAUCGUCCGGUUAUCGAUACCACGUUGGAUAAGAGCGAAACUGACUGGAUUCCGCCAAAGAUCCAUUGGAGCACUUUUACGCUCAGGGAUAUGGAGGAAGCCAUUGUGAGAGCCGUGGAAGCAUGUCAAAAGGGCAGCUUGGAAGCGCUGGAAGUUAGUUUGGAAGAAGGCGUUGUUCCUGAUGCUUGUGAUGUUGACGGUUGCUCGCUACUGCAUUGGGCUGCUAUAAACAAUCGUGUUCCGAUCGUAAAAAGGCUUCUCGAGCUGGGAGCAAAUCCAAAUAUUGUUGGAGGUCUACUAGUAUCAUCGCCGUUGCACUGGGCCGCUCGUGUUGGGCAUGUUUCGAGCUCUGCAUUGCUUAUCAAAGCAGGUGCUGUUUGCAAUGUACGUGAUACACAAGGAUAUACACCAAUUCAUUUGGCUGUGCAGAGCAAUCAGCCCACUCUUGUAGCAUAUUUGUUGGAGAAGUUCGAUUAUUGCAAGGAUAUCACCGACAACAGUGGGAUGACUCCGGCCAUGUGGGCGGCUUAUCGUACGUUUGGUAUGUUUCCAAUACGAUUAAUUGUACGAAGUGGAGCGGAUUUGAUAGUGGCCAUGCAUUUAUCCGGUAACACAGCUCUUGCGAUAUUGGCCACGUCAAUAGCCGGAAUUAUAACGGUGUUCGAACUGUUACUGGGAUUUGCUGAUGUCUCACUGCGUAACAAGCAACAAGAAACGCCACUCGAUAUUGCAAGGAACAUGCGAAAUCAGAAGCUUAUUGGUGGGUAA